AUGUCGACGCCUAAAGACGAGAAGUUUCGUAACCCUAUUCUACGUACCGCCCCUACCGGUAUUACUACUUAUACUAUCCGUAGUCGUACGUUAUACUAA